AUGAUUCAUAAACAUGCCUUUGAAGCAUUGGAUAGAACCUUAAAAGAUAUAUUGAUGCCUGAUUGUUCAAAUAGCGAAGCUUUACCAUUUGGAGGAAAGGUAAUUGUAUUUGGUGGUGACUUUAGACAGAUUCUUCCUGUUGUUCCUAAUGGCUCUAGACAGGAUAUCGUGAAUGCUUCCCUGAGUUCGUCAUAUAUAUGGAAUAAAUGCAAGUUACUAACGCUAACAAAAAACAUGAGGCUCACUGUUGGCAUGAAUCAUGGUGAUAUUGACAAGACAAAAGAGUUUGCUAAAUUGCUUUUGGAUAUUGGCGAGGGAAAACUUGGUGGUCGCAACGACGGAGAAGCUGUUAUUGAUAUACCUCAAGAACUGUUGAUUACUGAGUCCACUAACCCUAUUGGUAAUCUGAUCAACUUUGUGUAUCCUUCGAUACUUGAAUCGUUCAAUGAUCCAAAUUAUUUUCAGGAAAGAGCCAUACUUGCUCCUAAGAACGACGUUGUUCACGAGAUAAAUGAUACCUUAUUAGCAAUGUUUCCUGGUGAUCAUAAAGAGUAUCUAAGUUCAGAUUCCAUCUGCCAAUCUGAGAAUGGACAGUCGUUAUCUAAGGUUGGUUUGUUUCUAAAGCAGCCUGUUUUCACUCACGGACAACUAUAUGUUGCAGUUUCAAGAGUCAAAAGCAUGGAUGGUUUAAGGAUGUUAAUAUUAGAUGUUGAGGGGAAUGUUACUAAUAAGACUACAAAUGUUGUAUACAAAGAGAUAUUCUCAAAUUUAUAG